AUACUGAAGCAAGCGAGGAAAAACAAGAGCAAGCCGAAAAAGGAGAAAAAGAAGAAACAAAAAAUCAAACAGAAGAACCUACUGAUGAAGGCUAUAAAUCAAGUGAGGAAUCUACUACUGAGAAACCUCAGGAAAGCAAUAAGACUAAAACAAAAGAAAAACCAAGUAAUCAACCAACAAAUCAUAAUGAACCAGUUAUUACUGAAACUCCAACUAUUUCUCCCAACAAUAACUCCACCCCAGAAAUUCCAAACAAUCCUUCUCAAAAAAAUAAAAUCCCUAACCAACUUGACCAAUUAUUAGCCAAGAUUAAAAGAGGAGAAGUUAAUGUUCGAGAAGAAAUUGCUAAUUCGUUGCUUCCCAUUGAUAAAAAGAAAGAGCUUUAUAAGUUAUUAGAUAAGUUAGACAAAGAAAAAAUUGUCUCCAGUGAAAGUAAGCAACCUACUAAUUAUUUGCCUCAGGUUUUAAUCCUUGGAGGAAUGGUGAUG